CCUUGGCUAGGCGUCGAACGACCAGCCAGUCGGUGGCAAACCGGCGUCGACCACUAAACGUCGGUGGUCGGCUAAAGUCGGCUAUAAUCGUAUGUAAAAGAGAGUCGGGGGCGGUCGAUGCUCCAUGUAUUUUAUAGUAGAUGACACGUGGACGCAAGUUGUCAUUCAUAAAACUGUAAAGCGGUUUGAGUGUAUCAUGAAGAGGAUACGUUGAUGAUCGCUGAUGGUGUGUUGCUUCUGCAGUUACUGAAAAGCGUGUCAGGAAGCGUAUGUUGCUCCCUUCGAAGUUCGAUCGAUCUAACAGCUGGGAGAAAGUGCUUGAAAGGGGAUGCUCUGAAACGGUGUAUAAGUUUGCUCGUAUAAGGGUGAAAGACCAUCCAGGCAAUUUGAAGCAUGACGAAAUACUGGCUGAACGUGGCCCUUCUCAGGGUCGUUCUACCAGUCGUCUUAGCUGGAUGUACGAUAUGGCGACCAGCGGGACUGUCGAUCGUUUAUCUGGGGCUAAUGCUUUAUUCCCCGAUAGUUCCAAUACCAACACACACUACCAUGACAGGCCACACGGGAAUAUAUCUGAAGACUUGUAUCUGCCUAGCCGUUCUUAUGGUCGUAGCUCAGAUCUCCUUUCAUAUUGUUCUUUUGUCACUACCACCCUACGGACAUUUUCUACAAAACUGCGAGUUUAUAGAAAAGCUUCUCAGACAUAUAGGCUUUGUCAGAUUAGAUAGCGCAUCUGUGUGGGAAAUUUUUUAUUGGCUAACGCCAGAACUCAUAGUCUUACCCACUGUACUUGCCAUAUAUUUUAUAUGUCGUUUUCUUACACAAAAUCGUGUUAGCCAUGAAGAGGAAACUGUUCUUCAUCAAGAAACUAAUUCUCAGCAAAAUAAAACAGAAGACAAUAGGACAAAGAUAAUCAACUUUCUGGGCAGUAUCGGUACCUAUGUUGUUUUGGCAUCAUUAUGUUGCGUCGCGGCCUUAAAUCCAUCAAUAGAGGCAGCUGUCUACUUUUUAGUAUUUCUCGGUGCUGCUACGUGCCGGGCUUGCAACAAAAAACUGCGAAAGGGUUUCUCCGUGAUAUGCAGGAUCGUUAUGGUCAUCGUGAUUGUUCACAUCGUUACGUUGCUCACCUAUCAGAACGAAUGGCCGCAAGAGAUCAUUCCAGUAUCUAGUGCUUGGUCACGUUACCUGGCCCUAACUGCAAUUUAUCAUACCAAUUGCAGCGAUCCGAGAAAUGUGGAAUACGCAGAUAAUGCCGAUUGGUUGAUUUACGGAUACAUUUUGAGACUGUUCUGGCUCUACUACAUCCUCGCACUGCAAUCACAGUUUCUUAAUAAAAAACCGGAAAAGGAAGCAAAACGAUUAAGCGACAGACUGGAAAAUCUGGACACGCCAUUGUCCAGGCACGUGUCCAUCAGACGCAGAACACCUUCUCAAAGAUGGCAAUCAGCGCGACGUAAGGCUCGCAAGCUGGUCGUAGAUUCGUCGUUAGCAACGAUCGACGAGCGAACACCUUUGAUGCGAUUUGGAUCCGGAAGAGCAGGGCUUCUUCAAGAUUCCACUACCGGAAGUAUUAUUGUCAAUCAGGAUGGUCAAAAUGAUACUAUACAAAUGCGAAGUCUCAGUGAAGGGGCAUCUGAUGAAACACCAGGUAUCGUUGAACAAAUAAUUAUGGCAGUAUACUCUAUUUUCCAAUUAAUUAUAAAUUCAUCAUACCUUGCUACAAACAUAAUAAUGAUGACAUGGAGCAUUAUGUAUCACAGUUGGACGACAUUUGUUCUGCUCCUAUGGGCUCUAAUUCUAUGGAUGGUUCCCAAUAAACGUGCUUCCAUGAUGAAAUGUUCUCCCUUUAUUGUGUUUUAUGCAACACUCUUACUUCUCGGACAGUAUGUAUACAGUAUGGACUUAAACGAUCAAGAAUUACCGAGAGUAAUAGGCGAAAUCAAGAUUUCUGAAAUUGGAUUCAGCAAAGCCGAUGAACUUGGUCGAUGGCAUCUCAUAGUUAAGUGUGUGUUUAUAUCAAUGUUCUGGAUCACUAUGAAACAAUAUAUGGCAGAACGAACGCAACAAAGACGAUCUUCUACUCUAAGAGAUAUGGUCGCGCCGCUACAUGUGUCUGUCUCGACAGCCACAACUGCUAUGAGUCACGAGACACCGGAGAUCAAAAGCAAGUUUAUGAAAAACAUAGGAAAACUUUUGAAAAAUUUAUUAACAAAAUUCUGGAUUGCUGUGGUAGCAAUCAUGCUGUUCAUUUGCGGCAUUACAGGCGAACGCAUGACCAUGUUCAGAAUCGUUUAUAUGUCGUUAUUCCUCAUCUUUGUCAUCACAUUUCAGAUAUCGUGGAUAGCAUGGAGAAGAAUGAUGUACGUAUUUUGGUUAACAGUCAUUGGAUAUUCAAUCAUCAUGUUAAUCCUUGUUUACACUUAUCAGUUCCAAUAUUUCCCAGGUUAUUGGGAGAAGCUCGGUAUAGAUAAAGAAUUACAAAAGGAUAUUGGAUUGGAGAGUUAUAAGACCAAAGAUUUGUUCGUGAAAUUGUUAAUACCAACGUUUUUCGUAAUCAUUACAGUAUUGCAGAUUCAUUAUUUCCAUAAGGAUUUUCUUGAGGUCACCAAUAUCGAUAGAUUAGGGCCUGAGAACUCAUUCAGACGCGCUAGUCUGGGAUAUUCUCCUAGCAUGAAUAUUCCAACAUCUUCACCAGCUGAUGUUACGCUUACCGAAGAUGAAAAACAUACGAUAUACACGUUGAAGCAAUUAAAACAUAUGUCAAAAUUAGAGAGAAUUGCGUUAUUUCGAAAAGUGACAAAACAUCUUGUAAAUUUUUACAAUUACAUUUGGCUCUUUCUCGAAAUACAUAUGCAGAAAAUUGUUUUUAUUUCAUUUGUUCUUCUGUGUGUCGAUGAUGUAUGCGCAAUAAAUUUCUUCUUUAUCGUCGCCGUAGUCAUAAUAAUCAAUUUUAAAACAAACGUACAGAUAAAUGCGAUUAACGUGAUGUCCGCGAUAAUAUCGCUUUUAAUGGUCACUAAAAUGUUGUAUCAGAUUCAAUACAUUAAACAUAAUAAUUGGGAUGUCAACUGCACGAGAAGCGAAAACCCUCAACCAUAUGCAAGCAAUAAUACUGUUUAUAAUAUUGCGAAAUGGUUUGGAAUGGACAAAGAAGGUCCGGCUGGACUUCCAGAUUUGUUAAAAGGUUACAUUGGCAUCGUCACUGUGACUACUUUUAGGAAAAUUAUUAGAGUCCGUCAAUGGUUCUAUCGCCAUAGUAAAGGAGAAUCAUUGGACACUCCUCAAGUGAUGUUUCCAAGCAUUACCAGAAUGGAUGCUGACAAGGGAAUACCGGAAUGCUUAAAAUUUCUCUUUAACUAUGGUUUCUAUAAAUUUGGUCUUGAAAUGUGUCUCAUUGGAAUUGUUACGUUAAUUGGCACAAGAUUAGAUUUUUAUUCUGUAUUAUAUAGCAUGUGGUUGCUAUUAUUUUUCUCGUUAAAAAGGAAAACCGUGGCGCGAAUUUGGCCUUGCUUUAGAACUUUCGCCAUAAUUCUUCUGCCAAUUCAAUAUGCCAUUGUUGUUGCUCCACCUUCAUGGCUUUGUAUAGAUUAUCCAUGGGGCCAAUCUGAAAAAAUGAGAAGAUUACAGGAAUGGAUGUAUCUUCCUGAUCCAGAUUUUCGACCAAAUUCUCGAAAAUUAAUCUGUGACUUUAUCUUAUUAAUAAUGAUCGUGCGACAAAGUUUAGUCUUCCAUAUUGAACAACAAAAUGUACAGCCUGGCAAGAAUUUUGUAGCUGGGCAUAAUUACUCCGUUUUCCAAGAUAUGGAAAAACCAAAUUUUGUGAAUCCUGUAAAGGAUUAUGUAUCACAUAUUCACUCGUGGCUGGACAUAAUUAAACGUGGUAGUAUGAUGAGUUUGAUGUGGAUAACGUUAUCCAUUAUGUUCCUGGCAGGAACGAAAAGAUCGAAUCUUUUUUCACUCGGCUAUCUCAUUGGAGCAUUUAUAUUUCUUUGGCAAGGAAGUGAUUUUUAUUUGAGACCAAUGAAGACUAUUUUAAAAUGGUGGAAUAUAUUGAUUGGGUACAGUGUCAUCGUUAUUUUCUCAAAAGCUCUUCUUCAGGGUGUGGGCUGUGUCCUCAUUAAAGACCUUGAACAUUCAGCCUGCUGGUUGGUGCAAUUAUUGGAUAUCACAUGCUUGGAAAAGUUCAAAGGUCAUAACAAGCCAAUGUUGGAUCCCGCGAAAUGUACUGUCGUUAUUGACGACGUCGGCAUGGUCUGGGACGGAUUAUGCUUCAGCUUUCUUUUAAUACAAAAACGAUUUUUCAAGAGUUACUAUUUCUUCCAUAUAAUAGAUGAAACAAAAGCCAUGAGUAUUCUAGCAUCUCGCGGCGGGGAACUACUUGAAGAGUUGCAUCAGAAACGUAUAGAAAUUCAGGAAAAUGUGGAAAAGACAGUUUUAGAAAAACUAAAGUUCAAGAUGGAUAAAAUUAAAGCCAAUCAGCAGAGAAUACUAGGACCAUCUUAUAAAAAACCUGAAACUCACAAAAUUGAUGAACUCUACCCAUAUACACGGCCGUUGUACAAAGUUCGUUCGCCGAAGACCAACAAAGAGGCGAUCAGAUCCGGUGAUUAUUACAUGUUUGAUGAUCUGGAUGACGACGACGUCACUGAUCUUAUCCCUGACAGCGAGAUUGAGAAGAAGGAAAAAGAACGUCGCCGUGAACAAGAGAGACGAGGAAGGAGAAUGACUGUAUCAGAGUUGAUGAACACGCUGAUUAAAACAGACAUUGAGGUCGCGACACAUGUCGCCAUGUACGGAGGAACAGAAAAGGACGCCCUGAGACUCCGACGUAGAAGUGUACCUUUGACACGGAAGAAAUCAUCCAUGUCCUAUCUGAGCGCUCGCUCCGAGACUGACACUGCUAUGGCUACCGAUGGUCCCGAUCGAACGAGUCUUACUUCAGUAGAAAUGGAAACAGAAGAAAAAGAAGUUACAGACUUAGCUAAAACACCAGAACCUUCAGACGCGGAAGAAGAGAAAACGGAUAGUAAGAGUGAUGAGAAGAAAGAAGAACAAAAAGUCUCAUUUUCCACAUACUUCAAGUUUCUCCUGGUGAUAAUUAACAGUACUCUAACUUCAAUGACGAAAUAUCUAAAUCAAUUCUCGCACGAUUACAGAUACAUUCGCAAAGUUUUAGCGAAAGAGAAAAAACUCCUAAAGGCAAAACCAGAUUUUAAAAUGGGAAUGCGAUUAGGAAUUACUCAAAUGUGGCAACCGAUACCUUUAAUGCAAGAACGAUCAGCUACAAAUGGCAAUAAGGAGGAAUCUGAUCCUGGCGAAGGUCCGAGCCAAUCGCAUCCACAAGAAGAAAGGAAGAGGAGCUCUCUGGCAGUGCCGCACAUCCGAAUUCUGGCCCCAAGUUUGGAGCGAGGAUUGGACAUGUCCUCCUCCAGCACACUUUUCUCGCAAGCUGUACCAGUCCAACAAGAUGAAGAAAUUGGGGAACUUUCAGAAGUAGAUCAACCGCCUAUUAUACAACUGGCAGCAUCUAUCUGGUUUGGAAUCUUGGCGCAUUCCAGUUUGCUUUGUUAUUUUAUGGUAUUUCUUCAUCAAAUUAAAAACGCAUCUGUACUCUCGACACCAUUACCACUUAUGGUGUUCUUAUGGGGUUCUUUAACAAUUCCACGACCCUCCAAAACCUUCUGGGUGACAUUGAUCGCAUAUAUUGAAGCCAUUGUCAUAAUAAAAUGUAUCUGUCAAUUCGAAUCGCUCCCUUGGAAUCAGAAAGCUCCAAUAAAUCAUCCAUUAUACUGGCCGAGGAUUCUUGGUGUUCUAAAAAGAACCAAUUAUGCUCUAUGGGAUUUAUUAUUGCUUCUUAUGUUAUUCUUCCAUAGAUUUAUGUUAAAAUCUUUGGGUCAAUGGACAACUACAUCUUUAAAACCACGAAAGAUUACUCCUUCCCAAUUAACUGUACUUCCGUCGAAGCCCUCAUCGUCAGACAAAGGACAAGAAGAAUCUGUUCAAGAAGAAAGCGAUUCUCAAGUAGAGACAAAAACAUCUCAAGAACAAUCUGCAAGCGUUUCGGGUGAGAUAAAUAAUGUUCCACCUACGACAGAUGAAAACGAGAAGCUCGUGGUUAUUCAAGAAACAGAGAUUUCUCCAGGGCAUCCUCACAAUAAAUUUUCAAAAACAAUGAAUACGGCUGUCACUAAAUAUGGGGAACCAAUGAAGAGUUUCUUUAAGAGGAUUAUUGAUCCAGUCGGCAAAGAAAAAACAAAUGUUUAUGCUUACAUGUUCCUUUGUGAUUUUUUCAAUUUCCUUCUGCUCAUUUUUGGAUUUUCAGCAUUUGGAACUCAACAAGGCGACGGCGGAGUAACGGCUUACCUUCAAGAAAAUCGAGUUCCUAUGCCUUUUCUAUUAAUGUUAUUAUUACAGUUUGCUUUAAUUGUUAUUGAUAGAGCUCUUUUCCUCAAAAAAUCUAUUGUCGGAAAGUUGAUUUUUCAAUAUUGCUUAGUGUUUGGUAUUCAUCUAUGGAUGUUUUUCAUUUUACCGAGUGUGACAGAUAGACAAUUCAACGAUAAUCUUCCGCCACAAAUCUGGUACAUGGUGAAGUGCUUCUAUCUUUUGUUAGCAGCUUAUCAACUGCGACAGGGAUAUCCGACUCGAAUAUUGGGUAACUUUUUAUGCAAAAAGUACAAUAUCGUGAAUUAUUGCUUAUUCAAAGGAUUUAUGUUAGUUCCAUUCCUUUUUGAACUUCGAGCAGUGAUGGAUUGGAUUUGGACUGAUACAUCCAUGGGUAUAAUGGAUUGGUUCAAAAUGGAAGAUGUUUUUGCUAGUAUUUAUCAAAUUAAAUGUAUGCGAGGAGUCGAAUCAGAUUUCCCUCAGCCACGGGGGGUAAAAAGAAAGCAAAUGGGCAAGUACUUGAUGGGCGGAAGCAUUCUUCUGCUCAUAAUUGGCUUAAUUUGGUUCCCUUUACUCUUAUUUGCUCUUGGUAAUACUGUCGGUAUAUCGAAUUUGCCAUACGACGUAUCUAUGAAAAUACGAAUUGGUCCAUACGACCCCAUCUAUUCUAUGUCAGCACAGAGCAAUUCUAUCAUCCCAUAUACGGAAGCUCAAUACAGAUAUCUUACUACAACUUUAUAUGGAAAGGAUAAGUCGGCUGUUACUUUCUUCGAAAAUUACGUCCAUUCGGAUGUUGCUGCAGUAAGAUUCAGUACUUCCUCAGCAAAAUUUUGGAAUAUUUCCCCACCUGAUAAAGAAAGAUUAAAAGAAGAAUUGUCUUCUAAUACCACAAAAAUAGUUGCAUAUGUAGAAUGGACGGUUUCAAGAAAAACAGACGCCAAAGAUGCCAGUGGAAUUACUACGACAGUUCAUGAUAUAAAUUUGCCUCCGUAUGUAGAUGGAGAAUUCAACCCUACAAGACAAGCAUUACUGGACAUAUUAAAGGAGAAUUCCAAUGCAACGAAUGCAACAGUGUUGCAAAGCGCUUUUCCGAAAUUUCUCAAAGUCACCGCUAGAACCACCGAUGUCGUUCCACAAUUAAUGCGACCAUUAUUAAAUCAUGAACCUGGCGAGGAUAAGAGCUAUCUCUACAGAAGUGUGAGUGUUCAAUUAUCAACGGAUGAAAAAUGUUGCGCUCAUCAACAAUGGUGGAUGAUCCGUGAAGUAUGCUCAAAUUCCUCGGACGACUUUUUUAAUAACAUACCACUAAACGAUUGCAAGUACAUCAUGAUGUUCCUAUUCAACGACAAGGCUUUUCCCGAGAGUUUAAGCUUCAUCAGUGGAUUCGGGAUCCUAGGAUUAUAUACUACAGCGGUGAUAGUCAUAAGUCAAUUGAUGCGAAAAGUUGUCAGCGAUAUGGCGCCCAAGAUUAUGUUCGAUGAUUUACCCUAUGUCGACAGAAUCCUUCGUCUUUGUUUAGACAUUUACUUGGUACGCGAAAGCGGCGAUUUAUGUCUUGAAGAAGACUUGUUUGCCAAAUUGAUCUUCCUCUACAGAUCACCAGAAACACUAAUCAGGUGGACGAGACCGCCCGAAGAAGGAGAACGAACUGAUAAUGAGGAUCAAGAUGAAGAAGAAGAAAUACCAGAAGAAGAAAGAAGACAAGGAGAACCAUCUCGUCAUGACUAAGUUGAAAAAAGUAAAAGCUUACUAAUAAUCAAUGUUUUGUAAACUGCGGGUUAUUAAUUAUUAUUAAUUAAUUAAUUAUUAUUUAUGCGGAAAAUUUGAAA